AUCUAUCACCAUGGGAGAUAUUCAAGAAGGUGCUAAUGUUUUUAGACCUCCACUAUUUUUGUGGCCAUGAUUAUACUUUUUGGAAGUGUCGAAUGAGAGCCUUUCUCAAGUCUCUUGGUGGACAGGUUUGGAGAAGCAUAGAGGUUGGAUGGUCAGCUCCUACUAUGAUGAAUGCUGAUGGAGAACUAAUUCAGAAACCUUAUGAAAGAUUUAGCAAGAAAGAAAAGGAUGCUGCAGAAUCGAAUGAUCAGGCUUUGAAUGCAAUCUUUGGAGCGGUUGACAGAAAUCAAGAGUUGACAAAUGAAGCCGAAAGGCUUGGUGAACCAAUUACAGAAAACAAACUGGUGUUGAAAGUGCUACGUUCUCUUCCAGAAAAAUACUCCAUGGAUGUCAAAGCUAUUAGACAAACACAAUCUCUCAAUGCUAUGUCUCUUGAUGAACUGAUGGGGAACUUAGAAACCAUUGAGUUGGAGAUGCAUGAAGAUCUACGACGUAAAAAGCAGCAUGUCAUCCUUGUUGAAAAAGAGAAGCAGUGUGUUAAAGACAGUGCUGGAACAUGCUGUGCUUUUCCAACUUUCCAUAGUGUUGACGGUGACUCUGAUAGUGACGUGGAACCAAAGGAGAUGCUUGUAAUUGUUGAAGAAAAAUUUCAAGAGUCUCUACGGGUCAACAAGAAAAAAUGUUUGGAAAAUGAUAGCCUCAAACGUGAACUUGCUGAAUCAAAAUGCGAUGUGGAACAACUAAUCAAAGAGUUACAGAGAUAUAAAGGUAAAGUUACAACAGAGGAUGAUACAGAAGAUGACAUAGAGGCUGACACAGCAGAAGAGCUAGCUAUUCUCCAAAGGAAGUGGGGAGAACUUGUUCAAGCCAACCAUAAAACUGUCCUGGAGAAUCAUCAGCUUGUUGCCGAGCGCAAUAGACUAAAGGAGAGUAUUUCAGAACUAGAAAAGAAGAUUGAAGACUUAGAAGGGAAACAAUCAGAUCUCAAGUAUGAAUUAAAUCAACUCAAAAACUUUCACAAGUGGAUGAGAAGUGCUGGAGCAAAAGCUAUUGAGGAACAAGUGAACGUUUCAAAAUUUUAUGGAGACAAGACGGGUCUCGGAUUUUCAGGUUCCGAAAGUAAUAAGACCCCACUUGACUUGUUUGUUGAUCGAAGAAAGGAAAUUGCUCAAAAAGUCCCACAAGGAAGGAAAACAGAAGCUGCUGCAUCUGCUGGAACAUCUUCUGCCAAACUCGCUGAAGCAUCUCAUGAAGCUUCUGCUGGGACAAUUUAUGCAGCACCCUAUGCAAAAAGGCAAAGAGUUGUGACACAAUCUAGUAUGAGAAGACACAAGGAUCAUUAUGCUAAACCUAAAAGAUUGUUACUUUUUCAGAUGCAUCUUCAGAGGGGGAGUCGCUCAAGUGUGGCAAAGGUUGAUGUGACAAAGUCUAGGUCUAUUUUUAUGUUCAUUAUUGUAAUGCUCAAGCUCGCUUGAAUGUUACUCUUCUCUUUUUGCCCAAAUAUUCUUAAUAAAACCUUUGGCAUUUUUUAUGCAAAAAAGGGGGGAGAAGAGGUUCAAAACAGCUGAGAUUCGUUUUUGUCAAAAAAUUGCCAAAGGGGGAGAUUGUUAGUUCCAUAUUGUGUUGGCAUUAUUUUUUGACAAACGAAUAGAUUUACCUAGAAUUA